AACUGCAGGCAAAUCACAGUCACACAGACUGCAUGCAGGACGAGCAUAACAUGACGGUUUUGCAAACUAUAAUUACUAAACUGUACAAUAAAUGGAUUUAAUAGAAGAAGUAGAUUCCAAUGGCAAAAGAAACGGAUUGGUAAAUACUUUAAAAACUGAAGUGCGAAAGGAUUUUCCCGUUUAUAAAGCGCCGAUCAUGCAGCCGGAGACGCAGUUCAGCACAGACGGUCUGCCGAAAGCUUUUCUUCACAGUUUACGAACUUUAUUUGAUAUCCUUGAUGAUGGGAGACGCGGUUACGUUCAUGUGUCUGAGAUUGAGAGUCGGUGGCGAGGCGCGGAGACGCGGGAUUUACCGGCCGGUGUUCUGGAGAGUUUACGGCGGGUCGCACCGCAUCACGGUUGCCUGACUUUUGAUCGUUUCGUGGCGGGACUCAGAAACUCUAUGCUCAAUCCGGAGAAUAACAGCCCAGCGCCCGCCUCGACCCACCAGCAGCGACCCAAACCUCCAAACAACCCGUCUGAGGGUAAAGUCCGGCCGCUUGGGCCGAGUAAUGGAGUAAACACACAGCACAGCCGGCAGAUGUGUCGGGACCGACAUCACGGGCUCUCAGGCGCAGGGUUGGAGUGUUUAUAUCGCUCAGAGUUGAAUCGCAUUGGUAAAAAAGCGCAUCACUCCAGUCGGACCCGAGCCAAUGAAUCUCCUCGUGUCCAGAAAACAAUUGAGAGCGUUGGUCUGCCUCGAUCACAGAGUGAAACUGUAACGGGAUUCUUAAAGUCAAAGCAACAUGGCAGGAACCAAGACAAGCAGAGACGCCACACACUCACAAACGGAGUGGAUUAUGGGAUGGCAGAACUGUUUGUCUGUGUAUCUCUGUUGGGCUCGAGUGCCUCUGUCCCCUUUCCUGUUAUGAUGGUCAGUCAGGUCAAGGUCGGGCACCGAGGACUGGAUACUGCCGAAUCUCUGGCUCCAGUCGUGUGGGCUGCCUACACAACUGUGUUUAUUCCCUUGAGCAGCAGCCUGUUUUCCAGCAGAGCUCUGCACUUCUACCUUUGGCUGAAGCAGAUGAAGGAGAUGGAGCAAGAGAAAGACUCUUUGCUGGCUGGGUUAGAUGUGUUGGAACGAGCGAGAGAAUGGUACCAGACCCAGAUCCACAACAUUAUGGAGAGCCAGAGACACAUUGGACAGAGUCUCUCUACUGCAUCUUUGAAUGGAUCUUCUCAGAGUCGGUUAAACAUUCUUCUUCCUAAACUUCAAGACGUCACUCGCUGCCUCAGUGAUUUAAUUUCAUUUUCAGCAACGACGUCCCCUUCUGGGACCUCAACGUCCACUAGCGUUGCUCCUUCAGCCCCCAUUCCAGCACCUCCUCAAGCAAUCCACGUCCUGAAGGAGCAUAACCGCCUCCUUACACAGGAAGUAAGUGAGAAGAGCGAUCGCAUUGCACAGCUGGAGCAGGAGAAAUCUGCUCUCAUCAAACAGUUGUUUGAGGCUCGUGCUCGCAAUGUUCACGAUAGCAGCGCACUCGACUCCACCUUCAUCUGACAUCACAAACGCACAUCUCUAUUUCACACCUGAAGAACAUCUGGAGGCACUUUCAGUAAAAACUCUUUCAGUGGGAGGAUCCAGUGUUUUUUUCUGAAUGGAUCUGAAUGAAUGAUCACUCCAACACAUUAAUGUUGUGUUAUGUUAUUGAGCCGAGGCCUUAAAGUGUAUUAACUUUUCUAUCUUGUAAAAUAAGAUUUCUUAAGUGUUUUCCAGUAAUAUUUUGUUUUCCAGUAACAUCUGCACGUGAUAUUUCUGGUUAUUCUGAAUGUUGUGUAUGCUUUUAUUUCCACUGAUAUAUUGGAUAUUUGUCUCUUAGUUUCAGUGGCUUUCAAGCUUGCGUGCCACCCUGGGCGAACCCCCUAUUCAGCGCCCCAAUCCCAUCACCAGUUAAUAAUUAAUUCAUUUGUACCAACAAGCACCUCUAAACAAAAGCUCACAAAAUUAAAUGUUUCAAUGUAUUCUAAAUGCUAAAACCCCUAAACCCUGUCUGUCUUACAUUUUUUGUGUUAGGGUUAUCACUUACACCUAGCGUUGCCACCCGUCCUGGUUUUUCCAGGAUUGUUCUCUUUUUUGAGUCACUGUCCCGGAAAAUGUAUAUUCUUUCCCAGAACACGAAUUGUCCCAGUUUUUUGUGAAAAUGAACUUUUAAAGCAGAAUUUCCUGGUUUCAAAUUAAAGCGUUUCCUUCCACUGUUUCUGUGUUCAUCCAAUCCUGUGUCUGUAACCGGGUAAAAUAGAACAGGUAACACAGUGGAUUGGCCAGGCGUUUACUUUUAUUUGAUUGGAAGCUCAACUUAUCGCCUAGCAACUACCUAUGCUGUCGGUUGGUCGCACGCGUCGCAUCCACAGAUUCCACACACACAUCCUGGAUGAAAUAGUUUGAGUUAAGUUGCUAGUCAGCUUUUAAAACGAUCAGUGGGUUGGUCAAAGCUGAACUUCAAGUUAGAUUAAACUUUAAAUUAUCAUGCUUGGAGUUUAAAGCAUUUAUUGAGGGACAGCCAAGACUUCUGCAGGCAGCAAAAAGGGAUGAGAAAUACACAUGGAAAAAGAGGUGAGAAAUGUCAGUUUUAGGUUGCCCAAAUUUACUAAGUUAACAAAAACAAAAAGUUGUUUAUAAUCUAUUAUAAUACAUGUAAUCAUGUUUUAAUUGCUAAAGAAUAUAUCCUAUAUUUGUACAAAUGAUUAUAUUUUAUAAUAGAAUAUAAUUAUGCAGUAUAUGUUUACACAAUAUUUAUACAAAAAUGUAUUUAAUGUAUGUAUUUAAAGGCGGAGUCCACGAAGUUUGAAAAACGCUUUGGAAAAGGGGUCGGGCCGACAACCAAAACACACUUAUAGCCAAUCAGCAGUAAGGAGCGUGUCUACUAACCGGCAUACUUGCCGGAUUGCGUAUGUGUGGGGCAGGUUUAGCAACAGAAGGUCCAGAUUCUAUUGGGGUAGGGGCGUGUUUGUUUAUGUGAUUUCAAAUAUCAACAUUGGCUUUCAAACAUCAUGGACUUCGCCUUUAAUGUAGAAAGGAGUCCAGAGUGAGUGCAUCUACUUCAGGGAAAGCAUCUACGUCAGGACAAAUAUAGGUUAGAGAGGGAAUAGAGUCCUACAACUGUUAACAUAGUAUAUUUGCAAAUAUUAGUUGACCCCCCCUCCAAAAAACAAAACAAAAAUACAUUUCAUCUGAGUGUCCCGGUUUUUCACAAAUCAAAGAUGGCAACCCUACUUACAUCUGCCCAGGAUUUAUUAUGAUAGCAGGGCCACAGAGGUGUUCUUGUUAAGAGCCUGUAGAUGUGCAUUAAAUACAGUCUAACAUAAUACUAAUAAAGACAAUUGUGGUUUUUG